GCUCUAUAAUACAAAGCACAAAAACAUAACCUGUUGUUUUGUUUCACUCAAAAGACACUUAUGUUUCAUAUUAUCCUGUGUUAAGAUCUAUAAGAUCGUUACUAUAUAACCUUUUGUUUCGGAUACAUUGUUCAUCACAGUACUCUUCUCCAGCACAUUUAAACAAAUCUUUUACCAUGUCAAAGUUUAUCUUGAAAGUUAAAACAAAAUCUGGUCAGCAAAUUGUAGAUAAUGCUAAUUUAACGAAUACGAUCCUGGAACUGAAACAGAUAAUUUCGAAGUUUGUAAAUAUUCCUGUUAAUAAUAUGAACCUCUUAAUUGGCUUUCCCCCUAAACCAAUUGAUGCAGACUUUUUACACAAGACUCUAGCAGAAGUGAACAUUAAGUCUGGAGAUACAUUAAUUGUUGAAGAAACUGCAAUACCUGUACCUAAUCCUACAAAGGUUUUCUCUCCUCCUGAUCGACCUCAUGUUGAAGAAGAUAAAUUAGAUGGUGGGUUAUUAAUGAGACAAGUUGUGCCUGCAGACAAUUCCUGUCUUUUUACUAGUGUUGGCUUUGUUUUAGGAGGGAAGGUAGAUACAACUGCUGGUUCUUACAUGAGGCAGAUAAUUGCUGAACAAGUUGCUAGUAAUGAAGAUCAAUACUCUGAAGCAAUUCUUGGUAAACCCAAUAAAGAUUAUUGUCAGUGGAUUUUAAAACCAGAAUCUUGGGGAGGUGCUAUUGAACUAGCAGUAUUGUCCAGUUUUUAUGGGAUCGAAAUAGCAGUUAUUGAUACUAUGAAUGGUGUUAUUAACAGAUUUGGCGAAGACAAAAGUUAUGACUAUAGAGUAUUUCUAAUUUUUGAUGGCAUACAUUAUGAUCCUUUAUAUAGAGAACCGAUUGAGCCUGAUGGAUCCAUUCAAACAUUUUUCCUGACUUCAAAUGACAAAGUGUUAAAACUUGCCGAAGAACUUGCUCAUGAAGCCAAGACGAGUAAACAGUACACUGAUGUGAAUAGGUUUACGCUUCGUUGUUUAGAGUGUAAAACCGAACUUACUGGGCAGACUCAGGCCCAACAGCAUGCUCAACGAACAGGUCACAUGAACUUUGGAGAAAUAGCCAGUUAACAGAAUGUAUUUAUGAAUCCUUCAUUUAUUGAACUUUCACCUUUUGCAAUUUUUUUGUAAAUCUAAAACCACUGCUUACACAUUAUGAAAACAUGUUUCAGCGUAAUAAUAUACUGUUUUUAUUACCACAA